GGACGGAUGGAGGCCGAAGCCGACUGGAAGGCCUGGAAGAGUUGUUACCGCCCGCGAAGAGUACACUCGCGCAUGUGCACUGGCCUUCAGCCAAGCUAGGAGUAAUGGCUUCUUCCCUUUAUGCCCCGCGCUUAGCGGCUUACGGCACGCAUAGUACUCCUGGCACUUGUACCAGAUCCAUACUAUUCUAUAAACUGGGGAAGCGAGGCCCGGAAGUUGAAAGGUAUACAAGUUGGAAGGGAUAGCAAAAGACUGAAGCAAGUUAUUAACCAAACCUCAGCGCAGAGGGAGUGGAACACACAGGCACUAUACACAGUGGAGCCCCGCCUUUCUUUGGGCGAAGCAACCGGGCCUGACCCUUCCCGCGACCUGUAGCGCUGCGGCGCAAGCGCGGGAGGUCUGGGGAGCAGUGGGUUCGUUGUCAUGGAACCGGACGGGACGUACGAGCCGGGCUUCGUGGGUAUUCGAUUCUGCCAGGAAUGUAACAAUAUGCUGUACCCCAAGGAAGACAAGGAGAACCGUAUUCUGCUCUACGCGUGCCGGAAUUGUGAUUACCAGCAGGAAGCAGACAACAGCUGUAUCUACGUCAACAAAAUAACACACGAAGUGGACGAACUGACCCAGAUCAUCGCUGACGUGUCCCAAGACCCCACGCUGCCGCGGACCGAGGACCACCCGUGCCAGAAGUGCGGCCACAAGGAGGCGGUGUUCUUCCAGUCACACAGUGCCCGGGCCGAGGAUGCCAUGCGCCUGUACUACGUGUGCACGGCCCCACAGUGUGGCCACCGCUGGACUGAGUGACAUCCCCUACCUCACCCCACCCCCGACGUAAUAAAAGUCAGGUUCUGUGCUUA